UUAGCCACGGAUGUAGGCCGCGCAGUACCACGCGGAUAUGCGCGCUAAACGCAGCCGGAGCGAGUCCUCCUCGGUCGGAGAUACGAUAUUUCGAUUCGAUCGUAGUGGGAGGCCAGGACAGGAGAACGGGGGGGAGGCGGUGCGACAGAUCACCGGCGAUAGGAACGAUAGGAGCGAUCACUUGGAAACUUCAUUCGACAACAAAAGGUCAGAGGAUGCAUAGAAUCCACCGAGAAAAAAACGCAGUGUAAUUCACGAAGUCGACUAUUUGUCGCACAAGAUCAGCGAGUCUUCGAGCGAUGAGGACAUCGUGUCAUCGUGGAUAAUCGGCCACGUAACAACUGCGGGGCAUUGCGUAUCGCGACCACUCAUGUCGUUCUCGCGAGGGUAGUUUUUGCGCAUCCCACGGACGCGCAUAUUCCACCGGAAAAAAGGCUAGAUACUAGAAGUUCAGGCGGCAACUUUAAGUCCCCCGUGAAUAAUCGCCGGCGUCCCAGGGGCGAGAAUCUCGACGUUCAUAACGACGCGCGGUAGUCGACCGAUGACUGUCGCAGCCGGCCGAAAGAUUGCAGAAAAUCCGGCCGGGCGACGAGAUAAAUUCUCUCGCGUGUGCCGCGCGGACGUGCAAAACAAAUUAAAAGAAAGGGAAACAGAAAGCGAAAGAGAAAGGAGAGGGAAAAGUAAAAAAAAAACCCCGGAAGAACGGAGCUUGAAAGUGCGAGAGGUGGUCGCCCGAGCACGCUGAUAAACGCUGAGUAAUGGGGACGCAAAUUACGUGCGAGGAAUACCGCGUGAGAAAUGAGUGCCCGAUGCAAAUUCUUCUGGCCGCGAGGGCGACGCGGCGACCGGUAUUGCCGGAUACUGUAACUCCGUCUAAACGAUUUACCGCGACCGCGUGGACCGAGGACAGGUCCACGAAGCAAGUCGACCGUCCUUCGUCGUCUCCGUGACGGCCCGAGAGGAGACACGUAAUCCCGGGGGAAUUAGCCAAUUAGUACUGCCUGGUGGAGGAUCCGCGCUAAGUUAAUACAACGACGUGUAUCAACACAACGGAGAUCAUAGGCAGAUUACGUUGCUCGCCGGCGUCGAUGGCUCCCCGGCGCUCUGUGCUCGCUACGGACCCAAGGUAUAUAAUCCGCGGGAUACAACAGCGCGUUACGAACGUAUACGGAAUUUUCGACGGAUUACUCCGCGGCAACUCGAUGGCUUUUAACCCCGGUCCCGCGUUGCAACAGCGCGGCGGUGAUAUCAGGUCUGCGUAGACUGCGCGACAUCGCGAGUCGGCGUGUACAAACUUGGCGGUACUACAAACCGGCGUGUAUAGUCUGCACAAUAGGGAGUGACUCGGCAAGUAAGGUGUCUAUUCGGUCUCCCCGGCAUCAAUUACACCUCGCUUCCCGGGGUUUGUUCCCGGGAUUGACGCAGACUCGUCGCCGACGAAGUGACUGUGCGAUUAUUCGAGGAACAUACGCUCGGCUUUAAACGGAGGAAGUGGCUUCGCGCCGCGUAGCUCUCGAGAUCCGGCGUAUCGGCGCGAGCGCGCACCUUUAAUCCUUUCGGUGCGCGGAGUUAUUAUAAUGCUAUAAAUACAAUAUAAUGUUAAUUUUCUCUUAUCGAACUGGUUGAUACGAGACUAAGAUAUACAGCUGGCUGGAAAUGAUUAUCAUAAACGUCUAACAGAGAAGAGAAUUCGGUACCAGAUUUUGUAACGACAUAAAGAAAAAAGUAGCGUCAAAGACGUCUUCGGACGAUACAAUUUUGCGGAUUAGUAUACGAAUAAUAGUACAAAAUUCCUUAAGCCAUCAUGAAAUGGUAGAAAGGUGAUUAUGGUGAGAGCCAUCACGGACUAAGCCAUCCGAAGAAAGUGCGAAUGCUUCGGAGUGAUAUAUUUCGUAACGUAUAAAGAAUCAAGAUAAACACUUCGGGAACGAAUCUUCGGAUUUGCCUGCGCGAUAUCGAAAGAACGUCGAGUGGUCAAGUCGUAGUUGCGCUCGCCAGGUCUGGCGAGCGCGAAAGCUUCGCGCUCCGAACUUUCUUCGCCGAAGAUCAAACGGAGGAUCAAAUAGUUACGAGGAACGGGAGUACAUCUCGCGAAAGUUUCUCGAGAGAAGGGAGGGUGCAAGGGAGUCGCGUGUUGCCCUCCUCUCGAGAGGCCGCGCGCAAGGCGCAGCCGAUCGUCGCGGACAAUCGGUCACUCGUCGCGAUCCGCUCUUUGUGAUACACCACGCCAUACCGUUCGCGGAGAAGGAAGAAGACAAGUGGCACGAGUGGAAAAGGAUGAUGGCGGGGUCGGGGGUGGGCGGUGUCGGCGGUGUCGGGAUGCUGAGAACCAGGCGGCGGGACGUCAGCGUCAAGCCAAAUAGAAAACUCGACCGGAAGUCCUCGAGGGGGAUGAUUUACGAGAACGAGGAGCUCAGACUGAGGACCAUUCACAUCAAUGCCGAGGUGGAGCAAGGCCAAAACGAUAUUAAGAAAUUGCGCAGAGAGAACGAGCAGCUGCGUAGAGAAAUAUGGAGUCUCAGGGACGAGUACGACAAACUUGAGGAUAUUUUGAAGAAACAGAAGAACCGCGAAAGCGAAGAGUACGAGGAUCGCUCCGAGGAGGAUGACGGCCUGCAGUCGGACUUCUCCUGCGAGGAAGACGAAGAGGAGUACGAAGAUAAUGAGAAGACGGUCAAGGACUUGAACCAAGAAGAACAGCUAGAGAAUGCGGAGAAUCAGAAGAUCUCUUCCGAAAAGAUGAGCAGCAAUAUGCACCGACUUCACGUGGAGUUCGACGAUCUGUCGGUAGUUGACGAGGAAGAGGAGCCCAGGAGAGAUAAGGACAAGAAGGAGACGACACCGGAGAAGGAAAACGAGGCUGUUGGGCAUCCACCCCCGCCGGUCCUCAGUCCCCGGCAACUUCACGAGAACAUCCCGUUUUAUCCCGCCACGUACGAGCCAACGAGUGCUUUCAGCGGAACCAGUUAUUACACCGAAUGCCCGUUCGAGUUUCCGAGUACGAUGGAUUUAAUGCUAUCCGCGGAUACGUCCGCGUUAUUGGCUUCGCCAUACUCCGGAUUACAGCCUGAUCCAUUGAUCCCGCUGGCCAACUUGGACGCCGCAGGUCUGGAGAUGGCCGAUCCGACCCUACCUCAAAUUCACGUUCCGCCGGUCGGUUGGCAGAACGACGUGGUUUCUCAAAACCAAGUGCCUACUUAUACGGGCGGCAUUGCCCCCGUCACACCGGGGGCAGAAAGGCCAAACUCGCACCCGUUAAUAGUUUCCUCGUUGGGAAGCUCAGUGCCGGCGUCUAACACUUUCGGCUUCUUCAAGAGGAGGAACGCAAGUACGAAACAACCCACGAAACUCCAAGAGGCAUCAGCUACUUCACGAACGCAGUUUCCGUGUUCCGAAGAAGCGGUCGGUAGAAACGUCUGGAACGUGGAUUCUCUUGGAUCAGCUGUGGCAAACAGAGAACAGAAUAUGCAGCGAGUUGGGAAUACCGAAGAGACCACCACGAUGUUCACGGUGCCGGAAAAACCUAGACACUUCUUCGCACCGCAGCCUUUCAAGCUGAAUAAACAGGAAGAAGAAUCGCCGACCGCCAGUGUAAGCCACUUCGGAACCGGAACUAGUUCGAGUAGCGGCAAAACAGCGUCCACGGUGAUUUCUAGGACUAAUCCUUUCGUAGGAUUAAAAGGUUCAGCGGACAUUUACAUAAACGGCGCGAUACCUUGCGAAGACGCUACGAGAGAUAAGAAUGACCCGAGGACAUUUUUGAGUACAGAUAACUUAUUGAUCGCGGACAGCAAAACUGCCCUGGAUGGUCAAUUGACGAAAUCGUUAUCCUGCCAAGAUCUCACGAGCGAUUCUCAGAGUGUCGCGCAACAAUUAAAACUAAAUCACGCUGAGUCUCAGAUGCUUACGAAAAGCGACAAUACUCUGGACAAUAUGAGCGGUUCCUCCAGUAAACCGUACAAGAGUCAUCUGAACGUGACGUUAAAGAUACCGCGAGUCGAGCAAGCAUCGAGUCCAGAGACACCAGAGAUACCCAACCUACCCUCGAUAGAUUACCGUCUCUUUAGGAAUCCUUUUCUAAGAAACUUUGACAAGAUCCGUCCCAACUAUCAAGUAAAAUCAAAUCCUCCUCCCGCCUCGACACCGCUUUCUAUUCAGGUGAACGACGACGGUCUCGCUUAUCCGUAUCCUAUGCCGGGUUACGGUCGGGACGUUCACCUCAACGAGAGAUUUCGUGCCGCACACUUGCCGGAUCAAAGUCGAUUGCUGAUACCCAGCGACCAAGUAAUGAGCGGCAAGCAGGAUAUUCAAGUGACUUCCUUCGAGAGGCCGAGCCCUUGCAACCUCGUACCUUCCGCCGCGCCUUACGAUCUGACGAGUUUGAGAAGAUUGAACGCGAAUCGAUAUUUGCAGAAUCAGAAUUUGUACCAGAACAUUCCCUACGCAUCGCGAGGACCUGGUCAAUUUUGUUCCCAGAGGUGUGGGAUAAUGUAUUAUGAUAACGUCACGAAAGUACCGGCGCAAACGCAGACGUCGAUUGACGGCGAUUCGCAUCACGAGGACGAGGAGACGAUCAGCGCGCCGAAUUCGCCGAACGGACAGGGGCGGAGAAAAAUCGCCAAGAAGGAUAAAGCUUUGAUCAAGGAUCCGAACCCGCUAUCGCCGACGGCACAGAGAAAACUGAAGAAGCAGACCAGCGUCAUAUCGACGGACGCGCUCGAUUCGCCCGGGAAAAUAACGCGGAAGAAACCGAGGAGAAUGAGCACGAUGACGUCCGACGCGCAAGAGAACAAGAACGAAAGCAGGUCGUCGUCCUCGGGACAAGAUUCGCCGCGUAAGGAUCAAAAUCGAAGGAUGUCCGUUUAUAUCAAUUCUAAAAGACGAUCGUCUCAAGCGUCAUUGAAAACCUCGAGGAGUGGCAGUGUCGAUGCCAAAGACAAGUUCACGGACGGUACCGCGCUGAAUUUGGAACGGGAAAGAACGAACUCGGUCAGUAGUCGAGAAAUCACCAACGUGAAAGCUCGCAAGACUAGUACCAGCAGUGGUAAUGUGCCAUGGUGCGCGUGUUGGGGGAACGGUUGCAUUUAAUCGAACCUGAACUUUCAAUCCCACUCGAGGAUGUAACUAAGAAAGUAGAAUGAAUACAACAAGUGAGGCGUUGACUAAUUUUAAUGUAUUAAAUAUCAAUAGUUUACUUCAUUAGUUAAUUAGUAGCAUUGAUUGUUGUAUAAACGAUAUCAAUUAUUUUGUGAGCGACGUUUUAUUUGUUAAACUAAUCUCUAUACCUGAAAAAAAAACUACCGAGCUCGUCUGUGCGUCUUAUUUAAGACUACAUUGAGUUAUGAACUGUAGAACAUAUUACUAUGCUGUUAUUAUUCAUAUCAAUCUCAGAAAUGAACAUUCAUUACUCAAUUACGCCAAAGAAAAAAUUGGAUCGUAUACUUCCAGAUCAGCGAUCUUUUUCCAUUGAGAAGAUUAAUGCGCCAGAUGCAUUAUUGUUCGUAUCACUGAUACCAUCUGGAUAUCUCUCAAUAGUCUGAUCUCGUAUGCAUCUCGCGAAACAUUGAAACGAGAAGCUAUCGCUUGAAUCGGACGCAGUGGCCCUUAUUUAUUUAAGACAGCUGCGAUUUGUGUCAACAAUAAAAUGUUCUUGGUACUUUCUGGUCUACGGGCCGAGAGAGGGCUAGGUCGACUGAAUAAUUCGAAGGGCAAAUACCAAAGGGAAAUGCUGAUGGGCCGCGGAAUGAAUUCAGGAAGGAAGGCCUUAACUUCCCGUUGCUAGUGUAAGGGAACCGCCAUUGUAGCCGGUAACGCAGGUCGUAAAACAAGCACAGACAACGGUACUAUGGUGUUACUAACGCUGUCACAACGGGGUGACAGUUGUAUCUAAACUAGUUCUGCCAAGAGACCAGGAAGACGGGCCUGCAUCCGCUCUUAAGGCAAAUUUACUGAGCAAGCGCAAGCUUGUCCUAAGCACGCGUGCGAAUAAUGAUAUACAUUCUCGGAUUAUGUAGCUCUUCUAGUAGCGAUUGUUUACGAUUAGAUUUCACUAACGAUAUGAAAGUUGGCGGUACACUUACAUUAGGCACUUUAGGAGACCUUUUAGGCUGUUAUGUUGCUAUAUUUUAUAAAAGAAUCUAUUUUUACAAAAUAGAUAUCUCGCGAAUAUACAACUUAAAAUCAAAACUUUAUUUUUAAAAGUCUUGUUAUAACUAAAACUGUUAUCGUUAAUUGUCAUUUUUACUAGCGCAUUAGUUACUAGUUAUUAUAAUAUUUAAAAUAAUACUUUAUAAAAGUAUUAUUUUAUGUGCUGCGAAACUAAACAAAAUAUUAUAUACAAAAUAUUGUUUCUAGUCAUUUAACAUUGUCAUGUAUUUUAUUGAGUUUUAACGUUUCAAUGUAUUUUAAAGAAUUGCAACGAGAGUCUACCAGUAUGCGGCAACAAGUAUUCUACGCAUUUACAGCAGACAAAUUUUUUAAAAUAAUAAUCACAUAAAUGUAUAUUAGUAAUUGCACGCUGUAUUAGACUAGUAUACACUUGUGUGUAAUUUGUAUAUUUUGAUAAUUAAUUUAUAUCAGUAUUUAUAAUAUUUUAGAUUUAUAGAUAUAUCAAUGUUAGAGAGAUUCUAGAAAAAUUCUUAUAUAAGGUGUGUGUUUUAGCAACGCAUUGUACUUUUAUACUUUACGCGUUAUAAAAUACAACAUCGAUGUAUUUUGUAUUCGAGUAAAUUAUUACUUCCUA